CGUGUAGGCCGUCCUCUUUGCACGCCCCUCUUCCUACAUAAACCCACAGAGGGCAGCACAAACUCUAUCCCUGCCAACAUGGCAGAACGAGACAACUAUCCCCGUCCUUCGACGGACCAAGAGCAUGCACCCCUUUUACACCACACAGACGAGGACUACGGUUCCGAAGAGCCAAGCCCAACAGAACAGAGGAAUCUCGCAAAGCGACUCACGGAUGUAGUCCAAGAGCCCCUCACCGGUCUCACAAAGGUUCUCCUCGUCGAGGUCCUUAUCUUGCUCCUCAUUGCCUCGGUUUUCAUCGGCCUCUUUGCGGGAGCCCAGCACAAACUUAACCUCAACAAAGGGGGCAGUGGUGGCGGUGGUGAUGGCGAGCGUCUCACCAUUACCCAGACCGAUGUGGUCACGCGUACCCAGCCGUACACCACUACGGCGACCAAGACCUCCGUCCUGACCACCACUGACGUCAGCACUUCUACAUAUACCACGACGGAGACCUCCGUCAGCACGUCCACGUCCACACAAACCAAGACGACGACUGUUAUACUUGGCCCUGAGCCGACGGGUCCUCCGAGUCCUGCCCCACCCUCGGAUGUAUGCGCGACUCCCGACUGCAUCAUUCUAUCGGCUUCCAUUCUGUCUGCCCUUGACACGACCCAAGACCCGUGCGAGAACUUCUUCGAGUUUGCCAACGGGAACUGGAUCGAGUCCCACCCCAUUCCCGGUGACAAGUCCGGCGUCAGCAGCUUCUCGCAGCUCUCCGACCAGAACCUGCUGGUCCUUCGUAAGAUCCUCGAGGACGACAAGUCGCUCACGGACUCGUAUGAUGACCAACUUCUCCUCAAGCUGCGCACGCUUUAUGGCUCGUGCAUGGACGAGACGAAGCUUAAUUACAUCGGGCAAGAGCCUCUCCAGAACGUGGUCGAUACUAUCAGGAAGCUCUACAGUGGCUCCAGCACGGCGCCGGGAGUUGAUGACGCAAAGGCCAACCAAGGUCUCAGCAAUGCUCUGGCUUACGUCCACUCUCGGGGCGUUGGCGGGUUGUUUGAGUUUUCCAUUGAUGGUGAUGUCGGUGUUGAUCCGGACAAGAUGACGCUUUGGUUCAACCAACCUAGCUUGGGGUUGCCCGCCAAGGAGUACUACAAGGAACGUGCUAUUAUAGAAGUGUACCAGGGCGUCAUUGAGCGCCUGCUGCUCACGUUGGACGGCAGUGGUAAUGUGGCCGAAGAGCAAGCGCAUCCCGCUCAAACUGUCUUGCAGCUCGGCGAUAACGACCACAACUGGCCCUCGCGGCCGUGGCCGCCCUGGGAUGGCGACGGCAACGAUGGCGACAGCCCGCAGCCCCGUCCCAAGAACCCCAGAGAGCGCGCCCGUCAACUCUCCCGAGACAUUGUCCAUUUCGAGGCCAAGAUCGCUGAGGCGUCGCUCGACCUCGACAAGCUCCAGCAGGACCCGUUCGGGACGUACAACCCGAUGGAGAUCUACAGGCUCAAGAACACGCUGCAGCAGAUCAACUUCCCGGACUACUUCGCGACGUUCACGCCGCGCGCGUACCCGACGCGGGUCAUCGUCACCUACCCGCCGUACGCGUCGUCGCUGUCGGACAUUCUGGACAGGACGCCGGACGAUGUCAUUGAGAAUUACCUCGUCGUUCGGGCUGCGCUUGAGUAUGCUCCUGACUUGGGUCAGUCGACGGAAGCGUGGCAGGCUGUGCGCACGCUGCAGGAGACGCUCGGUGGAUUGAAGAAGGGCGCUGUUGGCGAGCGUUCCGAUUUCUGUAUGAACAAGGUCGAGGAGUCUCUUGGGUUUGGUCUGGGCUUGUUCUUCGUCAACGAGACCUUCGGCGGCAAUUCCAAAGAGAAGGCGACGAAUGUUAUUGAAGAUGUCAUCGAAACCUUCAAGGAGUCCCUCAGGAAGGUCCAAUGGAUGGACAAGAAAUCCUCCCAGGCAGCCGCUGACAAGGCGGAUGCGCUCGACGUGAAAGUCGGGUAUCCUGUCUAUCCCGAUACGCUGAACCCGCGUUCGAUCCUGUCGUACUACUCGCGUGUUACGAUCCACAUUGAUACGUUCUUCGAGAACAUGCUCAGCGCCUCGGAGAGCGAGACGUAUAGGAUGUGGCAGAGGCUCGGAAAGCAACGUGACCACCGGGAGUGGGAAAUGUAUCCCUCGACGGUGAACGCAUAUUACAACCCCCCUGCCAACGAGAUUGUUUUCCCGGCGGGUAUCUUGCAGCCUCCCUUCUUCUCCAAGAAUUGGCCCGGAUACCUGUCUUUUGGCUCCUUCGGAGCGGUGGCUGCCCAUGAGCUCACUCACGCGUUCGACUCUGCCGGUCGUCUCUACAACCAACACGGGAAGCUUGAGGAGUGGUGGACGCCUGAGACCAGCGCGGCCUAUCAGGUGCACCAAGAUUGUAUCGUGAAACAGUACUCUGAGUACGUGGUGGAGGACGGCAAGGGCGGGUACGUCCACGUCAACGGAAACUUGACUUCGGGCGAGAACAUUGGCGACUCUGGCUUGAUCAACUCGUAUCGCGCGUGGAAGGCCCAGUACCAAGAUGCGCUCACCGCCGGAAAUGAGUAUCUCCUCCCUGGGCUCGACUACACUAGGGAACAGCUGUUCUUCAUAUCCUGGGCGAGGACUUGGGCUCAGAACAAUCGGGCUGCUGAUAAGGUCAAGCGUGUGCGCUCGGACCCUCACUCGCCCAACAAGUACAGGGCGGAAGGGACUGUCUCCAAUAUCCCUGAAUUUGCGAAGGCGUUCAAGUGCUCUGCGAAGGCCAAGCUCAACCCGCCGGAUGAGAAGCGGUGCAUGUUCUGGUCGUAGUUUCCAGUAUUUUUUGCUUUCUGAAUGCAUUGUCAAACGAACAUUCCGCACACUUAUGCAUAGUUCUGGUUCGCUGUACAUUAUCUAUUUUCAAUAUAUGGUUUCUAGCUCUGUCCCAGCGAUGGCUUUUUGUGAGCAAGGGGCCUAGAGAACGCCCUUGGUACUUGGGAUAUCGUUGCCGCCCGUUCGUUCUAUUGCUUGGCGGAUGGCAAGUGCAAGUGCUUUGAAAGCUGACUCUGCGCGGUGGUGGUCGUUCUCCCCGCGGAGCACGUCGACGUGCAGGGUAACACCUGAGGCAAUGGCGAACGAGUAGAAGAUAUGAGGGAUCAUCUCCGUAGAGAGGUCGCCGAUCUUUUCGCGCUUGAGUCCUAGAUCCGUUACGCAGUACGGACGAGAGCAUAUGUCGAUUACCGCUCUCGAGAGCGCCUGCCAUGAUCCGACGACAGCAGAAAUGGGAGAUGAGCGCGAAGAGCGGAUAGAUAGAGAUUAGGGUGCGCGGGCGUUUUAUCUCAUAGGGUACAUGCGCACCUCGUCCAAGGGAGCAAAGCCCGUUCCGUAUCUGCGUAUACCUCGGAUCUCGCCCAGGGCCUCUUUGAAAGCGGUUCCCAGAGCGAUGGCGCUGUCUUGUGGAGACGCGGAGAUCAUUAGGGAUAAGCACCGGGUGGCUCAGAAGAUCCCGCUCUGGCGAAUGGGGGACUCAUCUGCGGUGUGGUGGUCGUC